CAUCCACACCCAGUUCUAUGAUAUGUAGUUAAUUAAUAUCUCCAUUCACACACACACACACACACACCCACAUAUAAAAAACCUUUGUGAUUGUCUUCUUACAUAUAAUUUCACCCUACCCAUUUCCCCUUUCUCUCUCUCUCUCUCUCUCUCCCUGACUCAUACAGACAACACAUAUUAGUAGAACGAAACGUUAUUAUACUGUGUUGAACCUUAUUUAUGAUCAUAGAUAUAAAGGGUGCAAUGAUGGCAUCUCAAACCAAGACCCUUCAUCUCUUCUUCUUCUUCAUGUGCUUAUUAUUAAGCUUUUCAAAUAUUUCAUGCAUUGUUGCUGUGCCAAAAGAGCAAGAGCAAGAUCGAAUCUUUGCUCUCCCGGGGCAGCCACCAGUGACAUUUUCUCAGUUCUCUGGUUAUGUCACGGUCAAUGAGCAACAUGGUCGAGCACUCUUUUACUGGUUCACUGAGGCCACCACUUCCCCAGAGAAUAAACCUCUUGUUCUCUGGCUCAAUGGAGGGCCUGGUUGUUCAUCUGUGGCAUACGGGGCAUCAGAGGAAAUUGGACCAUUCCGUAUAAACAAAAGUGGCUCUUCUCUAUACCUCAACAAAUAUGCAUGGAAUAGAGAAGCAAAUAUCUUAUUUGUUGAAUCGCCUGCUGGUGUUGGUUUCUCAUACACAAAUACAAGUUCUGAUCUGAACACUUCUGGAGACAAAAGGACAGCUCAGGAUGCUCUUAUUUUUCUAAUAAGAUGGAUGGAGAGAUUUCCACAGUAUAAAUAUAGAGAGUUUUACAUGGCAGGGGAGAGCUAUGCAGGGCAUUAUGUCCCCCAGUUGGCUAAGAAAGUCCAUGAUUAUAAUAAAAAUAAUCCUCACAUCCUUAAUCUUAAAGGGUUCAUUGUGGGGAAUGCUGUGACUGAUGACCACUAUGAUGGGGUUGGAACUGUCACAUAUUGGUGGAGCCACUCUAUGAUAUCUGAUCAAUCAUACAAAUCUAUCCUCAAAUAUUGCAAUUUUUCUGAAAAGAAAACAACUAAAAAAUGUGAUGAUGCAGUGAAUUAUGCGGUUAAUAAUGAAUUUGGAAACAUUGAUCAGUACAGUAUCUAUACCCCUUCGUGCACAACAUCACACAACGAUACUUUGAGGCAUGUUAGGUUCAAGAGUACAAUUUUACAUAGGAUUUCUGGGUAUGAUCCGUGUACUGAAGAUUAUGCAGAGAAAUACUACAAUCGUCUUGAUGUGCAGAAAGCAAUGCAUGCAAAUGUUACGAACAUUCCUUACAAAUGGACUGCUUGCAGUGACGCGCUCAAUAAAAAUUGGAAGGAUUCUGAGUUUUCUAUGUUGCCCAUUUACAAAGAGUUAAUUGCAGCUGGUUUGAGAAUCUGGGUUUUCAGUGGAGACACGGAUUCAGUGGUUCCAGUAACUGCCACAAGGUUUUCUCUUAGCCAUCUCAACCUCACCAUCAAAACUCGUUGGUAUCCAUGGUACACGGGUGGCCAGGUAGGUGGAUGGACAGAGGUGUAUGAUGGACUAACUUUUACAACAGUAAGAGGAGCUGGGCAUGAGGUACCAUUGCUUCAGCCAGAGCGAGCUUACAUACUUUUCAGGUCCUUUUUGGCAGGGAAACACCUACCAAAAUCUUGACAUGUUACCUGCUUUAUUUCAACAUUUCACCAUAUUAUCUUUUGUGUAAUUCAAUUUAAUUGGUGUUCAUAAUUCCCGCGGAAUUGGUGGGUGGAGGCAACAGCCUGGCUA